AUGCUGUUGAAAGAGGACAGUCAAGAUCUGAAUGAAAUGGAAGAGAAAGAUCAGUACAAGACACAUCAUGAUUUCAUAACUGAAGAAAAAUCUUUUAGAUGCUCACAGACUGAAAAAACUACCUCACGAAAAAGGUAUCAAAAGUCAGGGACUGUAGGUAAUUUCACAUGCCAUCUGUGUGGACUAAGUUUCAAAAAGCAUGGAAACCUUGAAGUCCACAUGAGAGUUCACACCAGAAGGAAGCUUUACCCCUGCCAAGAGUGUGGAAUAAAUUUCAAUCGAAAAGAACGCCUUAAAGUCCACAUGAGAAUUCACACUGGAGAGAAGCCUUUCACAUGCCAAGAGUGUGGAAUGAGUUUUGCUCAAAAAGGACACAUGAAUGGUCACAUGAGAAUUCACACUGGAGAGAGGCCUUUUACCUGCCAACAGUGUGGAAAAAGUUUCACUCAAAAAUCACACCUGAACAGUCACAUAAGAAUUCACACUGGAGAGAAGCCUUUCAAAUGCCAACAAUGUGGAAUAAGUUUUACUCAAAAAGGACACUUGGACAGACACUUGAUUAUUCACACUGGAGAGAAGCCUUAAAGUGCCCCUAUUAUGGAUUUUUGAAAAUUACCAUGCAGUGUGUAAUGUGGCUGUAUGUGAAUGUAAACAGACCACAAAGCUGUAAAGCGCAUUAUAAAUAAAGUUAUUGUCUGUUAAAA